GGUUAUGGAGUGCUGAUAAAUUAACUUUAAUAAAAUAUUUAUUAAACGUACCUACAUAAAAAAAACUAAAUAAAAAAAAAAACUUGAAAGGAAAUAUAUAAUUUAUUUCACAAUGACAAGUUGGGUAAUGUUGAGUAGGCAACUGAAACAAACAAAACGGUUGUUCUCUCAUAAUCUCUGUACUACAUCCAGGGUCUUAAAUGUUGACAAUGUUGAACAAAAUGCAACACCAGGAAAGGUCGGAGGAUUUGCCAAAGCUUUUGAGAAACAGAGCCAUAUACUGGAAGAGGAUAACAGCCCAACACCAACCUUCGCGUCUCUUCUUCGAAAUUCAAAGCUAGUCGACCUUGGAGAUCCAGUUGGAAAAAUAGUGAUUGGUAAAAUAUUUCUUGUAGUAGAGGACGAUUUAUAUAUUGACUUUGGUUGGAAGUUCCACUGUGUUUGUACCAGACCAGCCACUAGAGGAGAGGAGUAUGUCAGAGGAGCUAGAGUGAGGAUCCAAAUCAAAGACCUUGAGCUCUCGUCUAGGUUCCUUGGCUCAAGCACUGAUCUUACACUAUUAGAAGCAGACUGUAAAUUACUUGGUAUUGUAUCAUCACCAAUUCGUUCAAGCAGUGAAAAAGAUAAGUAACUAGUAGAAUGUUUUAUAGUUUAUAGUUAUAGCAAUAAAUGUAGUAAGUAUGAA